ACAAACUCCACCGUCCACCUGUGCUCACCAUAACCGUUGCUUCUACUACUUAAUAACACUCAAAUUGCACUACAAUCAUACAAACACCAAACCAUCUAAAACAAAUGAGUUUCAGAGACGAAAACGAAGAUGGAAGAAGCGACAGUCACCUCAAAAAACCAUUUCUCCACACGGGCAGUUGGUACCGUAUGGGUUCUAGACAAUCCAGCAUGAUGUCGUCAUCUCAGAUGAUCCGAGAUCGUUCUGUUUCUGUUCUUGCCUGUGUUCUCAUCGUUGCACUUGGUCCUAUUCAGUUUGGUUUCACUGGUGGGUAUUCGUCGCCUACACAAGCUGCUAUUACUCGAGAUCUUAAAUUAACGGUUUCUGAGUUCUCUGUGUUUGGGUCUUUGUCAAAUGUGGGUGCCAUGGUUGGGGCCAUAGCUAGUGGUCAAAUUGCCGAGUAUAUCGGCCGAAAAGGGUCUUUGAUGAUUGCAGCUAUUCCUAAUAUCAUUGGAUGGCUUUGUAUAUCGUUUGCCAACGAGACGUCGUUUCUUUAUAUGGGAAGAUUGUUGGAAGGUUUUGGUGUUGGAAUUAUAUCAUACACGGUUCCUGUCUAUAUAGCGGAAAUAGCACCUCAAAACAUGAGAGGGGGGCUAGGUUCUGUCACUCAGCUAUCUGUUUCGAUCGGGAUAAUGCUUGCUUAUUUGCUGGGACUUUUUGCUAGUUGGAGAAUACUUGCAAUAUUGGGAACUUUACCAUGCUUGAUUUUGAUCCCCGCCCUCUUUUUUAUCCCCGAAUCUCCUCGGUGGCUGGCGAAGAUGGGUAUGACUGAUGAUUUUGAAGCUUCUUUACAAGUUCUUCGUGGGUUUGAUACCGAUAUCACCGUUGAAGUAAACGACAUAAAGAGGGCCGUAGCAUCAUCAAACAGAAGAGCUGCGAUUCGCUUUGCAGACCUUAAACAAAGAAGAUAUUGGUUCCCUUUGAUGAUAGGAAUUGGAUUACUUGUUCUUCAACAGAUAAGCGGGAUCAAUGGCGUUCUCUUCUACGCCAGCAACAUCUUUCGAUCCGCAGGAAUUUCUAAUAGUGAUGCUGCUACAUUAGCACUUGGGGCUAUCCAAGUUAUCGCGACGGGGGUUGCCACGUGGUUGGUUGACAAAACGGGCCGUCGGAUUCUGCUAACCGUUUCCUCUGCUGGAAUGACUCUCAGUCUUGUAGUCGUUGCGGUUUCCUUCUUCGUCAAGGAUUUCGCAGAAGAGAGUUCUUCGUUGUAUACUGCAAUGGGUAUCUUAUCAGUGGUCGGAGUCGUGGGUAUGGUAAUUGGAUUUUCACUUGGAAUGGGGCCCAUUCCAUGGGUUAUAAUGUCUGAGAUUCUUCCUGUGAAUAUAAAAGGACUUGCAGGGAGUAUAGCAACAUUAGGCAAUUGGUUUACUUCUUGGGUGAUUACGAUGACCGCACCUUUGCUUCUAGCAUGGAGUGGUGGAGGAACCUUCACUUUGUACAUGCUACUGUGUGUGGCUACGCUCGCGUUUGUGUCCAUUUGGGUGCCAGAAACAAAGGGAAAGACAUUGGAGGAGAUACAGUUUUCCUUGAGAUAAAAUGCUCUGCCGAUGCUUCAUUCUUGUUUCUAUUGGAUGUUUAAAUGUUCUUUUUUCUUUGGUGGUGGUUGUAAUCUAAUUUGGAAUUUGCGAUAAUUGUUUGGGAAUGCAAUAAUGCAAUUGUAGCAUAAAUACAUAAACAACUAAAAUAAGGCUGGUUCAUGCCAAUUCA